AUGAAUCAUCUAACUCUUCGAUUGAUGUAUCUAUCCCUUUUCUUCAUCGGAUCUUCUGAUAAUCCGAAUUUUGUUCUUGUUUCAAAUGUUUUCACUGGUGUUGGAUUCAAUUCUACGAAACGAUCAAUGGUGAUUUCAUUGCCUGCGAAGAAUAAGCUCGGUUUUGUUGAUGGAACUAUUGCUCCACCUCUCUCCACAUCUUCUACGUAUUCUAAUUGGUUUCGUGCUAACUCCAUGGUUAUUAGUUGGCUCUUAAAUUCUGUUACCAAGACAAUUGCUGAUAGUCUUCUGUUUCUUCCAACUGCAAAAGAGAUUUGGCAGGAAUUACAUCAACGAUUUGAACAAUUUGCUAGUGCUCUCACCUAUCAAAUGCAACAACAGUCCUAUUCUCUUUCUCAAGGUGCUGAUGAUUUCUCUUCUUACUUUACUAAGUUCACCAAACUUUGGGAUGAAAUUCGUAUGAUACAAUCUGUUCCUAAUUGCACUUGUGGUCCAUCUAUUGCAAUUAACAAAUUCUUUGAAGAACAACGCUUAAUUCAGUUACUAAUGGGACUUGAUGAAUCAUACAAAAUCAUUCAUGAAGAACGACAACGAGGCAUCAAUCAUCCUUCUACUUUAUCAAAUGAUGCAAUUGCUAUGCAAAUUUCAUCCGAUUCAUCUCGCAAAUUACUCACCUGCAACCAUUGCAAGAAGUCUGGGCAUACUAAAGCUCAAUGUUAUCGCCUUAAUGGCUUUCCUUCGAAUUGCAAAUUCACGGAGAACAAGAAAGAUGAUGUUAAACCUACAGUUCAGAACGUUAUUUCUAAUGAUUCUCCACCAAUUUCUCAAGAACAAUACAAUUAA